UUGUUGUUGCAAAAGAAAUCCGUGCUGCUCCAGCUGCCGCGUUUUUUGUCCACCUCACGUCACCACUGACUAGAGCGAGAUCCACGGCCUUCACCAGCUGCGAAAAAAAUUCUCUGCGCGCAACUUCCUUGUCCGGUUCCUCCCACGUCGUUUAACCCCCCCAUUCUCAAAUUCCUCCCUCGACACGAAAAUUACUCUGUAAUUCUUCCUCCUCACCACCCUCACUCACCCUCCUUACGAGUCGCACGACGUUUCUUCCUGCUCAUCCGGAAAAAGAGUCUUUUUGUUGGCGCCCAAAAGUAAGUAAUCAAUGCUCUCUCUCUACCUCACUAUCCUCUCUAUCUGCCCAUAUUCCCCCUCCUCUCCGUCGCAUUCUCGCAGUCGCAUCCGCAGCCGCAGCCACCGUCGCAAAUCGUACACUCGUGUCCGACCAUCCGGCCUUCGGCAUCCUCGGCAAUCCUCUGCUGAGGACCUCGACGUCGCCCGCCUCGAAUUGGCCGCCCGAGCAACUCUGGAGGAUGGUAGUCGGAGAAAAAAUGGGAUUGCAGUUCUGGGCGCAUCAUCGAACCCCUCCAUGCAUCGUGGAUCAUCCCGGAUCGCGGUUGGAGAUCGACAACCAAAUGCCGAAGCCAUUCAGCCUCGACGUGUCUUGCAACGAGUCGUCGCCGUCAGACGCCCGAGGAAGCGCAAUAUGCACCAUCAGCAACCACAGCAACGCCUUUCCUCACCCCCGCACCCGAAAAGUCCGCAAGUCUCGUCUUACGUUGCUUGCGGCGCCGCGUCCCGCAGCUCCUCCCAGCCUCUGGGAAAGGAACAACGGGUUUCUUUCAAGCCUGUGCAAUGGCGUCUAGACAAAUGGGUCUCUAUAAACCACAUGACUUCAACUACCCGUUUACGAAUGAUUGUCUGGGACGUCAUUGCUGCCCUACGAGUUCACACCACAUUGGACGCACGCCGCUCUUUGCUAGGAUCUCGACUCGCAAUCACGACAAUACCUCUGGAUAAAGCUAUUGGAUCAACAACUGCGGAGUGACUGCGAUUGCGACUAUACACGGCGUGUUGACGGGAUACCUUGUGUGCAUCUGAAAGCUAACCCUCGCUAGGUCCAAUCAUUUCGGAUUCUUCCUCUGACCUUUUCUCGACCCGUUCAAAGUUCACGUUGGCCAAGGCAAAACAGACCUAAAAGUCGAAUUUGAAGCAUUGCUCGGUUAUUUGAGUCGGCGGCUACAGCAUUUUUGC